CCCUGCACACACACACACACACACACACACGGGGGGAGACAGAGCCCAACAUGGCUGAAGCUGAAGGAAGCGAGUUAACUUCUGGUGGGAUUUUUCAGGAGAUUUUCACCUCCCCGCUGAAUCUCACUCUGCUCAGUCUGUGUUUGUUCCUCUUGUACAAAAUCUUCCGCGGAGACAAACCGCAGCAGUUCCCUGAAAUGGAGCCGCCGCUGCCCAAAAUGAAAAAGAAAGACUUCACCCUGGCAGAGUUGCAACCCUACGACGGUCUGCAGAAUCCUAGGAUCCUCAUGGCUGUCAACGGGAAAGUGUUCGACGUGACGCGGGGAAAGAAGUUCUACGGGCCAGAUGGGCCGUAUGGAGUGUUUGCAGGCAGAGAUGCAUCCAGAGGUCUGGCUACGUUCUGCCUGGAGAAAGAGGCCCUGAAGGACGAGCCCGACGACCUGUCCGACCUGAACGCCAUGCAGCAGGAGAGCCUCUCUGAGUGGGAGAGUCAGUUCACUGUUAAGUAUGACUACAUCGGCAAGCUCCUGAAACCAGGAGAGGAGCCGGCAGAGUACACGGAUGACGAGGAAGGAAAAGACAAAAAGACGGACUAAAAGAAAAAAAAAAAGAAACUUCAAAGUGCUCAAGUGGGAAAAAGUUAUACAGAUGCCUUACUGUUUGUUUGCCAUUAGAUGAUGCCUGUUGCCUCCUGUUAGUAUCCUUCAGAGAAAAACACUUCCAUCUUCUGUAUUAUUUUUGGAUCAUCACACACCAGGAUUUUAAACAAUGGCUGAAUAACACUGAUCUCCAUUGAUCAUAUUUGAAGGUUAGACGGCAUUUACGGUUAAUUAUACUGCGUACUGAUGAUGUAGAGCUGUGUAGUGUUGUUAGAGUUUAAAUCAGUUUCUGUAAACUUUAAAAAAAAAAAAUGAGAAUCAGGAACUUCAGCGACUUAUUGACGGCGCACUUCCAACAUACCAUUAUAAUUAUCUCAGGAAGCGUUUUUUAUUCAAGCUAAGAAAUAUAUAUAUAUAUACUGAGGGUCUGGAGUGGAGAUAGAGGGCAGAUUUAUUUAUAGGUGCUCUAUGUAGGAUUUAGAGGCAUCUAGUGGAACGGACUUUGCAGAAAUGGAAAAAGUAUGUUAUAAUUAGUGUUUAAUCCCCAUUUUUUUCAUUUCCUAAGAAUGAGCCCUUUAUAUCUACAAAAAGAGUUGUUCCUUUUGGUGCCACUAAAUCUUACAUACCACCUUUAAAUAGUGGCUGUUUAACUAUGCGUCAUGCGGACUUUGCACUCGCAACCUCCAUCCAAAACACAAAAACUCAUAUGCAGUCAGAGCUGAACGCUUUCCAAAUAAUUUGACAGAAAUCAUUCAAAAACUGCUUUGGUUAGCCAGCGAGUUUCUAUAUUUUAUUUCUGUGCAGGUUUUCUGUGGGACUCAGGAAAUGUGACUAUAAAUGUGUAAAACAAAAGUUGCAGUUUAAUCAGAAAGCUUUAGGAGACCCGCCCUGCUUGCUGUGAUACUAUAAGUCCAACUAUAAGUGAUAUGUAAAAAUUACUACAGCAGGGGUGGCAAGUGCAAAGUUAUGACUCGUAGUUAGAGAGGAUAUAAUAACGGGAAUAAAACCUAAGCUGAAAAAUAUCAGAAAUGUCCGAUGCAGCUAACGGGACCGAACACUUUGAGAUAUAACAGCUGUAAUCGCAUAAACACUGCUAAAUAAAUCUCUUUUUAAGCACUUUUUCUUCAUUUACUGAAUCAUAUACAUGUAAUUUUCACCAACAUGUGAGUGAUAUACUUUAUAUUUUUUGCCAUGAAACAAUGAGAGAUGGAUAAUCUACUUUUUUUUUUUUUUGGUAACAUUCCAGCCCGUCAAAUGUAUCUGCUGACUUUUCUGAAUUUUCAUGUCCUUGUAAAGGUUUCUAUGUUUGUCUGAAUUUCAGAGUUAGUUUCUGUUACUCUGAAACUGAUUUUUCAGCGUUCACAUUCUGCUGCAUCCAGCUUUGCUCGCUGCAGAGUUCAUCUCUAUCUCAACAGUCUGAUGUAGUGCGCUGACUUCAUUAAAAGUCGAUUGUCAGAAAAGGAAUUGAAAACAAAAUUCAUGAGUCUUUUAUUUUAUGGUUAUGUUUCAGUUUCUCAAAUAUGAAGGUUUCUUCUGCCCUGAUUAACAUGCAGUAGUGUUUUUAGUGUUUGUGUUGGCAUACAGGGAAAGUGUUAGAAAGUUGACAGAAAUGACCACAUGUUAAGCAAAAAAACAGUAGAAAGGCCAAACUGCUGCUAGUGAACAGCUGUUUUGAAUUAUGUAGAUGUCUCAUUUUAUUUUCCCUCAUGACUUCCCGACAUUCCCCUUUUUUGUGUGUUAUUACAUUCUCAAAAUCGCAUGAAUUGUUUUUCUCCUGUCAGGCUGUGAUGAGUAAACUGGACACGUUUUCUGUAUUUGUCACAGAAAAAAAAAAACAGGAAACUGGAAGGAAAUGAAAUCCUGCAUCUGAAGGCAUUUUCCCAAACUCAUAAUCAUUAAAAGCUGUGAUUAACAAUCAGAGUUUGUAACAUUUUCAGAAAUAUUUUACAGUCAUUUGUCAUCACAAAUCAUGUUGGAGGUGUCAAGGCUGCAAAUAGUAGAUUGAGAUCUUAUUUUUUCCACAAAUGUAUACAUGAAAUCCUUCAGAAAUAUUGUUUGCAAGUUAAUUUGUGUUAUAUGGAAGAAGUUUGUUCUUUCUGACUGCAGGAAAAAUAUGUUGCCCUGUAAAAGCUGAAGAGAUCAGCCUCUCUCAGUAAAAAAACGAUUCAAUGAGGGAAUGUUUUCAGUAUGUAUGUACAUACAGGAACUAAAUGUUAUAAUACUGUUAGUUAUAAUCCUGAAAAUUAUAUUCUGAUUUAAUAAAUAAAACUACAAAUAUGAAGACCUCA